CGGCAGCGAUCAAAGCCGUGCGGAGUAUCCGGGAGAGCAGUCGCUUUACGCUCGGUGCUUUCCUCGUCGCGCGAAUUCUCGGAGUCGGGAGUCACACGUAUUACGUUAUACGUAUAUACGUGUGCGCGCGCGGUUCGCGGCAGCCGGGUCGAUGUGAAGAGGAGAAGCGAAAAACGCGAAGGGAAGAGAAGUAGCGCAAGAGCGAAAGAUGACAGCUCGGCGUGUGAUUUGACAAGAGCAGAAGAUAGCGUCCGAUGGGAAAAGUGCCCUGUUGAAUACCGCGGUGGUUGACGGACUAGUGAACUUUUAAGGUAUCCGCCGCGCGCGCAACCCUGCGUAUGUAAACUCCUUCGAUAUCGGGAUUCCCAGGCGUGGACCGAAGUUGAGAAUUAACGAGCGGAAGUAUAAGCGGAACGAGGGCGGCGAGGACGACGGCGGUGGCGGCGGCGGCGGCGGCGGCGGCGGCGGCGGCGGAGGUGGCGAGGGUGUGAGACAACGAGAGGGUGAAUCGACGGUACGGCCGAAGAAUGACGGGCGAGGACGGAAAGCGCGGUGGCGGCGCCGACGACGUUACCACUGGUGCAAAUAUGAACACGAACGUCACCGAUAACGUCAACAAUGUUAACGCCAAUGUUAACGCGAACAUAAACGUCAGCCAGCAGAACGGCGGACCGGAAAAGGCUCCCGUAGUCGGCGGUACCAACGUGGAGACGCUGCCACGCGCCGGCAAACAGAGUGAUCCUAGUACUGCAUUUUUACGGGCAGCUCGUGCUGGGCAACUCGAGAAAGUUUUGGAAUAUUUGGAAUCUGGAGUAGAUAUUAACGCUUCUAACGCCAAUGGCUUAAACGCUUUGCACCUGGCAGCUAAAGACGGCCACUUGGAAAUCGUGAGGGAACUUCUAAAUCGCGGCGCAAUUGUGGACGCCGCUACCAAAAAGGGAAACACGGCAUUGCACAUAGCUUCUCUUGCUGGACAAGAGGAGGUGGUACAAGUACUAGUACAACGAGGUGCUUCUGUGAAUGCACAAUCGCAAAAUGGGUUCACACCGCUGUACAUGGCUGCCCAGGAAAAUCAUGACUCUGUGGUCAAGUACCUCCUCUGCAAGGGUGCGAAUCAAACAUUGGCCACCGAGGACGGUUUCACUCCAUUGGCGGUGGCUAUGCAACAGGGUCACGACAAGGUAGUGGCCGUUCUAUUAGAAAAUGACACCCGUGGUAAAGUUCGACUGCCUGCCCUACACAUCGCUGCUAAGAAAGACGACUGCAAAGCGGCUGCCCUACUUUUACAAAACGACCAUAAUCCCGAUGUAACAUCGAAAAGCGGUUUCACUCCGCUUCACAUAGCCGCACAUUAUGGCAACGACCGAAUCGCUUCCUUGCUUUAUGACAAAGGCGCGGAUGUUAACUUCGCUGCAAAGCACAAUAUCACGCCAAUGCACGUGGCUGCGAAAUGGGGUAAGAUUAAAAUGGUUAAUCUUCUCAUGAGCAAGGGAGCAAACAUCGAAGCGAAAACGAGAGAUGGUUUAACUCCUCUGCACUGCGCGGCCAGGUCCGGUCACCACGAAGUAGUUGACAUUCUCAUCGAGAAAGGGGCACCCAUUGGCUCAAAAACAAAGAAUGGUCUUGCCCCGUUACACAUGGCUUCUCAAGGGGAUCACGUUGAUGCCGCGAGAAUUUUAUUGUAUCACCGUGCACCCGUGGAUGAAGUGACGGUGGAUUAUUUGACUGCGCUGCAUGUGGCUGCACACUGCGGUCACGUACGCGUAGCUAAACUACUUCUUGAUAGAAAUGCCGAUCCUAAUGCGCGAGCGCUCAAUGGAUUUACCCCUCUUCAUAUCGCAUGCAAGAAGAAUCGUAUAAAAGUCGUCGAACUCCUCCUGAAGCACAAAGCGAGCAUCGAAGCUACGACUGAGUCUGGAUUAACUCCACUACACGUAGCGAGUUUUAUGGGAUGUAUGAAUAUCGUGAUUUACUUACUACAACACGAAGCUAGCCCUGAUAUACCGACAGUAAGAGGCGAAACGCCAUUACAUUUAGCCGCCAGGGCGAAUCAAACUGAUAUUAUUAGGAUACUUCUUAGAAACGGCGCUCAAGUCGACGCUAGAGCAAGAGAGGAACAGACACCGCUUCACGUCGCUUCCCGUCUGGGUAACGUCGAUAUUGUGAUGUUACUGCUACAGCAUGGUGCGGGCGUAGACGCUACAACGAAAGAUUUGUAUACACCGCUUCAUAUUGCUGCUAAAGAAGGCCAGGAGGAGGUUGCAUCCGUUUUACUAGAAAAUAACGCCUCGCUUACCGCAACGACCAAGAAAGGAUUUACUCCCUUGCAUUUAGCGGCCAAGUAUGGCAAUAUGAACGUAGCUCGAUUGUUGCUGCAAAAGAAUGCGCCUGUUGACGCUCAAGGAAAGAACGGAGUAACGCCUCUUCAUGUAGCCUCUCAUUACGAUCAUCAAAACGUAGCUUUACUUUUACUCGAUAAAGGAGCUUCACCACAUGCCAUGGCUAAGAAUGGCCAUACACCAUUGCAUAUCGCUGCACGCAAAAAUCAGAUGGAUAUUGCGACUACUUUGUUGGAAUACGGAGCGAAAGCUAAUGCAGAAUCAAAAGCGGGUUUUACACCGUUACAUUUGAGCGCACAAGAAGGCCAUACUGAUAUGUCAACCCUUCUUAUCGAGCAUAAAGCAGACACAAAUCACAAAGCGAAGAAUGGCCUUACGCCUCUACAUUUAUGCGCACAAGAGGAUAAAGUGAACGUCGCAUCCAUUCUUGUCAAGAAUGGUGCUCAGAUUGACGCUAAAACUAAGGCUGGAUAUACACCGUUGCACGUGGCGUCUCACUUUGGUCAGGCAGCUAUGGUACGAUUUCUCUUAAGAUCUGGUGCUGCUGUUGACAGCAGCACCAAUGCUGGUUAUACUCCUCUUCAUCAAGCCGCGCAACAAGGACAUACGCUUGUUAUUAACUUGUUGUUGGAGAGUAAAGCUAAACCGAAUGCUGUAACCAACAACGGACAGACUGCUUUAGAUAUCGCACAAAAGCUCGGUUAUAUAAGUGUCAUUGAAACGUUGAAAGUUGUCACAGAGACUAUCAUCACAACAACUCAUACCGUUACUAUUGAAGAGAAGUACAGAGUUCAGGCACCCGAAUCCAUGCAGGAGACAUUUAUGAGUGACAGCGAAGACGAGGGCGGUGGUGAUGAAAUCGGCACGGCAGCCAUGAAUGUGUACGGGCAGCCUCCGCACGCGCAACACGUGUACCUUCCUUCUUACUACCAGGGCCAAAUGACCUAUACCCGUGAAGAUCCAAUGCUCAGCGACCAACAACAGUACCGAUACAUGACUGUUGAUGACAUGAAGUCCAUGGGGGAUGACUCGAUGCGCGUGAAUGUGACGGACGACGAGAGAGAUAAUCGACAUUCCGGAGCGCCAACCAUAACAGAGAUGAUUACGAAAGAACAUUAUCAACGUACGAACGCGGCCAAUCUUAAACCAGACAAUGUAGACAUCAACAGGCAUCCUGUGCAUGUCGGCGAGUCCCUAGAGUCCCUAUGCACCUCGCUGGCAGCUCUCAGUACCGCACCGAAGGGACAAGGGAUGUGGAGGGACAGUUUCCUGGUUUCCUUCUUGGUGGACGCAAGAGGCGGUGCGAUGCGCGGAUGCAGGCAUAGCGGCGUCCGCGUGAUUGUUCCACCGCGUAAAGCCGCAAUGCCUAUGCGCGUCACCUGUAGAUAUCUGAGGAGAGACAAAUUGACAAACCCACCUCCCCUGAUGGAGGGAGAAGCGUUGGCCAGUCGCAUCCUCGAAUUAGGUCCUGUCGGCGCAAAAUUCCUGGGCCCUGUUAUCAUAGAAGUACCACAUUUCGCGUCGCUGCGCGGAAAGGAACGAGAAAUAGUAAUUCUACGAUCAGACAACGGAGAGACCUGGCGCGAGCAUACCUUGGAAGCUAGCGAGGAGGCUGUUCAAGAUGUGCUUAACGAGAGCUUUGAGGGAGAAGAGCUAAGCCAGCUAGAAGAUCUCCAAACGUCUCGUAUCGUAAGGAUACUCACUGUAGAUUUCCCACAUUACUUCGCGGUAGUAUCUCGCAUCCGGCAAGAGGUCCAUGCGGUUGGUCCCGAAGGCGGCACCGUGUCGUCAUCCGCUGUACCACAAGUACAAGCUGUCUUCCCGCAAGCGGCCCUUACUAAGAAGAUCAGAGUCGGCCUGCAGGCACAUCCUAUACCGGCGGAUCUGGUGGCCAAAUUACUUGGAAAUAGAGUGGCUGUGUCGCCGAUUGUUACCGUCGAACCGAGACGGAGAAAGUUCCACAAGCCGAUAACUUUAACUAUUCCAGUACCACAGGCGGCUAAUAAAGGCAUGAUCAACCAGUAUUCCGGAGAUGCGCCGACUUUGAGACUCCUGUGCAGCAUAACUGGGGGUCAGACUCGGGCAGUCUGGGAGGACGUCACAGGCUCGACGCCGUUGACCUUUGUGAAAGAUUGCGUUUCCUUCACCACCACAGUUUCCGCCCGCUUCUGGUUAAUGGACUGCCGUAACAUUUCCGACGCCACGAAAAUGGCCACGGAACUAUACACGCACGCGACACAUGUGCCCUUCAUGGCUAAAUUCGUCGUGUUUGCAAAACGAGUAGAUCCAUUGGAAGCGAGACUACGUGUAUUCUGUAUGACGGACGACAAAGAAGAUAAAACUUUAGAGCAUCAAGAACAUUUUACAGAAGUUGCAAAGAGUAGAGAUGUCGAGGUUCUUGAAGGUAAAACGCAAUACAUGGAAUUUUCGGGAAAUCUUGUACCCGUUCUGAAAACGGGUGAACAGCUACAAUUACCGUUUAGAGCUUUCAAGGAAAAUAGAGUUCCGUUUACCGCGAGAAUAAAAGAUCCGGAUGCCGCUGAUAUGAUGGGUCGAAUCAUGUUUAUGAGCGAACCUAAGGUUCCGAGAGGUGAACUGCCGCAAACGCCAAUCUGCACACUAAAUAUUUUGCUGCCGGAAAAAAUUUCUCCGGAUACCGCGGUCUCUGAGCUUGAUUUGUUGGAAUUGUCAAAGAACUACAGUUUCCUACGCGAUGGUGGAAUAAGCAGACCAGAUGCAAUACAUAGAGCGACCAUUCGAUUAACAGACAUCGCCAAUCUAUUGGAUAAAGAUUGGGAACCACUAGCGGAAGAGUUGAAUAUCCCACCUAACGACGUGGCUUUAAUAAAACAAGAAUAUCCCGAUAAACCUGCACAACAGGCCGCUGCCAUGUUCAAAAUCUGGCAAAAUAGUGGAAACAAAGCCACAGGAAACACGUUAGAAAAAGCUCUCAAUAAGAUCGGACGAGAAGAUAUAGUAAACAAAUGUAUCUUCAAUGUUGAGUUAGUGACUGACGACGUUGAAAAAGCUGUGGCGAGAGUCAGACUGGAUCAGCCAGGAUUUGAUUCUCUUAAGGAGGAAUUGGGACCGUCAAGAAACACGUCACUCCGCCGUGAUGCAACUAUGGAUCCUAAAAUGGACCCUGAUUAUGAAGAGUCUGACAGAAUGAAGGACUCUGAAUCAAUGGAGGAUCUCAGUAUCACUGGCACACACGAUAAACCCAAAGAGCACAUCACAAUCACAAACGGCACUGUAUUCAACGGAACCUCGACCCCCAUCAAAGACAAAUAUGCGAGCGACGAGAAAGAGCUCAGCGACAUGAUGGCUGAUUACCUUGAGCACAAAUGCCAUACGACCGACACGAUGAGCAAAAAGUCGCGCGACGAAGUGGACGAUCCGGAGAAAAAACGUCAGAAAGCGAUCGCCGACGCCAACAAGAUAGUCUCUGGUGUAAUAGCAGACGCAGAGAAAGAGAAGGGGAAGUUAGCGAAGGAAGGGUGGUCGGUGGUUUAUGAUGAUGAUGAUGAUGCGCGGGACAAUAAAGAGGCGCGGGGUGCAAUAGGGCAGACUGUAAUUAAUGUUCAUUUAGAUCAAGUGACUACCGAGCCAGAAGGUUUUGUUCCCAAAUUAGAGCAAAUUCCUAGUAUUGAACCGCCGAUGAUUAAACAACAUCGUGGUGGGACGCCGGAUCCCAAAGUUAGCACUUCAAAAACAGUUUCUGUUAGUGGCGAUCCGAAAGUAGGUCAGACAGUAGUAACUAAGACUACGGUAAUAAAACAGACUCCGACUGAGACCGUGACUACGAAAGAAACGGUAAUAGUUUCCCCCGAUAAAAAAGAAGUUGUUAGCGAGAAAGAGAAAUUAUCUAAAGAGGGUAAGGAAGUUGACGAAAAGUUGGGCGCAGUUCCUACGGACGCGAUUGUUACGCAAAAAACGGUAAAGGUCGACACAGUAGUUCGAACUGAUCAAAAGAAGUCAGAAAUAAAAACUCCAGCAGACAGGAAUAAAGAUAAAGAUAAGGAGAAGGAGAAGGAUAAAGAGACCGUUCGGAAGAUUGCGAAAACGGCUUAUGAAGAUGUUUACAACGUACCGCAUUUGGCAGACAGCACGGAAGAAAAAUCAGACGAAGAGAAGAAAACAAAGGAUAAGAGCGGCGGAAUUUUUUCGGGAAUUUUUAAAGGCUCCAAAUUGAAGAGAGGCAAGAAAGGUUCAAAGGACACGUCCUUUGACAGUGGUGACGAGGAAUCGAAGGCUGUACUAACGAAAGUUUCUGAACAGCAGCCAGAAUUUCCUUCUACCGAAGUAACGGAUUCGCAUUUUGACAGCAGAUUACCAGAAAUCACAACUGCACCCGAUGUAAGAUUAGCUACUAUGGAAUUUUUAGAAGAUUCUCGACGAAUCGCUGCAGGCAUGCAUGUACCUUACGAAGGUCUGACUAAGUCAAUGGAGAAAGAAGACAAAAAAACAGAGGCUACUGAGACCGAUGAUGACGGUAAAGAUAAGACAAGCUUCUUCUCGAGUUUGUUCAAAAGUAAGUCUAAAAAAGAUGAAGAUGGAUCUGUCUUACCUGUUAUUCAUGUUGAGAAACCUAAAGAAUCCGCAGAACAAAUCGCAAAAAAAGAGAAGAAAAAGCUGGCAGCAAUCGCAAAGGAAAGCGAGGAAUUAUUGGAAUUACAAAUGAAGGAAAAGGAGAAAGAGAUCGAAGCAUCUCAGAUUGUCGAAGUGCCUAACAUAAUCGAAAAAGAAACAGAAAAAGCUGUGAAAAAAGCUGUGACUGGCGCGAAAGUCAUCGAGGAUACCAAAAGCAAAGCAAAAAUUAUUUCAACGGAUGAGCCACCUAGUAAGGAUGACGAAAAGGAAGAAGAUCAAGUAAAGGAAAAGAGUGGCUUCUUCGGCAUCUUUAAAAGUCCAAAAUCCAAGGACAAAAAGCUUAAAUCGAAGGAAACAUCUUUUGAUAGCGGCGAUGAGGAAAUCAAAGUUGUAACGGAGAAACUCUUGGAUGAUACGCGGAAGGUUGCUGAUUCUAGUGUGUUACCGAUUGUGUACAAAAGCGACGGCACAAAAGUCACUCCCAAAGAAGAGAUACGUACUUUCGUAUCGACCACUCAUUACGACGAUAUUCCUGCGGAUAAAGUCAGUAAAUCUUACGAUGUUGCACAAACCACGAUAAAGAUCGAGGAGACUAUCCACGAAGAGGUAAACGGAAAAGCGGACAUUGACAAGGAGAAAAUUCAGAAGGAAGAAAAAAAAGAUAUCGAAAAACCUAUUACAGAAAUAAAAUCCGAUAUGUCGGAAUCAAAAGCACUCGAGAAAGAGAUAGGUGAUGAUAUCAAAGAAAAGAGUGGCGGCUUUUUCGGUAUGUUUAAGAGCCCGAAACUCAAAAGCAAAAAAAGAAGCAGAUCCCGAGAGCAUAGUUCUUCGAAGGAGACCUCUUUUGAUAGCGGAGACGAAGACAUUCGAUUGGCAACGGCGAAACUUCUAGAAGACACAAUACAGAUAGCAGAAAACUUGAAGCAAGCUGAAGAAGAGUUACCAGAGAGUGUUACAAGAAUUCCGCCUAUAGAUGAGAAGAUAAAAAAAUCUAUCAUUCCCGAAGAUGAAGCUAUUGAAAAAGAUAAGGGAAGCGGCAUUUUCGGUAUAUUUAGAAGUCCCAAACAAGCGAGAAGUUCCAGAUCCAGAAGUAGAUCUAAGGAGAAGACACCGUCGCUCGAAUUGCCAGAUAGUGGCCACGAAGACUUACGAAAAGUAACUGCAGCGUUCCUGGAAGAUUCACAGAAUGUGGCGAAUAUCAUGGGCGAAUUGAAAGAUUCGAAAGAUAAAGAUGAUAAAUUAUCAACAGAGAUAAAAAAAGUUGACCAGCACAUCACAAUUGCAGCAGAAGACGUUAGUAAAGCCGUCAAGGAUGGUAAAGACGUGAUUGCCAAAAAAAUAGAAGAGAAAACACGCGAUGUCGUCGACAGCGGUGAAGCUGCAAAAGACAAAACGACUAAAGAAGCAAAGAAAGCGAAAGACAAAGGUACAGGAUUCCUAUCGGGGAUAUUUAAAGGUGCGAAGCAUGUCGUAGAGGAAACAUCCGACGACAUUAAGGAAUUCUUGGACGAUACGAAAAAAGAAGCUGCUUUAGAGGAAGUACGAGCCAAAGAAGCGGCAGCCACUGGCUUGAAAGAUCUGGAAGCGAAAAAAGAUGCUUUAGUAACAGACGCGAAGGACAUUGCUGACAGAACUGUUACCGACAUUAAAGAAUCCAAAGAUAAGACAGUGUCCAUUGCGAAGAGAAAGAAAGAAAAAGUCUCGGAGAAGAUUUCGACAGACAUAGAGAAAGCAACGGAUCAAGCAAAAGCAACUACUGAAAAAGCUGUAACAGAUACGAAGAAAGUAGGUGAAAAAAUAGAAAGCACUGCGAAAGAUGCUGUACAAACAGGUAUAGAAAUUAAAGAUACAAUCAUUACAGAGAUAAAGGAGGAUGCAAAAAUGGUGGAAGAAAAAUUAUCAUCCGAGGCUGAAUCAGCUGAAGAUACUGCAGCAUCUGCUAAGGACAAAGCUAUCAAAGAAGCGAAAAAAAUUAAAGAGAAAGGAAGCGGUUUCUUCUCUGGCAUAUUCAAAGGUGCGAAACAUGCCGUAGAAGAUGCAGCUGACGAGGUUAAAGAAUUUAUGGAUGAAGCGAAAAAGGAAGCUGCAUUAGAAGAAGAACGAGCUAAAGAAAAAGCUGCUGCAAGUCUGAAAGAUCUAAAGGACAAAAAAGAAACCACUGUGAGUAAAGCUGAAGAAACUAUGGAUAAAGCUGUCGAUAAAACAAAAGAAGUAAAAGAUAAAACUGUUUCUGCAGUAAAAGACACAAAAGAUAAAGUUGUCGAGGAAGUUUCCAAAGAUGCACAGAAAGUUGCCGACGCUACGAAAGCAGCUGGUGAGAAAGUAACAGAUGAAACGAAGAAAAUUGGAGAAAAAAUAGAGGAAACUUCGGCAGAUGUUGCACAAGCUGCCAAGGAUACUAAAGAUGCAGUAAUUAAAGAGGUAAAAGAUGAUACAAAAUUAGCGAAAGAAAAAUUAGCAGCUGGCGCUGAUGCGGCAGUAGAAGCUGCGGACAGCGCAAAGGAGAAAGUGACAAAAGAAACAAAGAAAGCUAAAGAAAAAACAACUGGUUUCUUCUCAGGUAUUUUUAAAGGUGCGAAACACGCCGUAGAAGAUGCGACAGAUGACGUUAAAGAAUUCUUGGAUGAGACGAAAAAAGAAGCUGAAAUAGAAGAGGAACGUGCCAAAGAAAAGGCUGCUACAAGUCUGAAAGAUCUGAAAGAUAAAAAAGACACUGCUGUUAGUGGAGUUCAAGAAACAUUGGACAAAACUACCGAUGAAGUAAAAGAAGCAAAAGAUAAAACAAUUUCUGCAGUAAAAGACAAAAAAGAUAAAGUUGUCGAGGAAGUUUCCAAAGAUGCACAGAAAGUUGCCGACGCUACGAAAGCAGCUGGUGAGAAAGUAACAGAUGAAACGAAGAAAAUCGGAGAAAAAAUAGAGAAAACUUCGACAGAUGUUGCACAAGCUGUCAAGGAUACUAAAGAUGCAGUAAUUAAAGAGGUAAAAGAUGAUACAAAAUUAGCGAAAGAAAAAUUAGCAACUGGCGCUGAUGCGGCAGUAGAAGCUGCGGACAGCGCAAAGGAGAAAGUGACAAAAGAAACAAAGAAAGCUAAAGAAAAAACAACUGGUUUCUUCUCAGGUAUUUUUAAAGGUGCGAAACACGCCGUAGAAGAUGCGACAGAUGACGUUAAAGAAUUCUUGGAUGAGACGAAAAAAGAAGCUGAAAUAGAAGAGGAACGUGCCAAAGAAAAGGCUGCUGCAAGUCUGAAAGAUCUGAAAGAUAAAAAAGACACUGCUGUUAGUGGAGUUCAAGAAACAUUGGACAAAGCGACCGAUAAAGUAAAAGAAGCAAAAGAUAAAACAGUUUCUGCAGUAAAAGACACAAAAGAUAAAGUUGUCGAGGAAGUUUCCAAAGAUACGCAGAAAGUUGCCGACACUACGAAAGCAGCUGAUGAGAAAGUAACAGAUGAAACCAAGAAAAUCGGAGGAAAAAUAGAGAAAACUGCGACAGAAGUUGCACAAGCUGCCAAAGAUACUAAAGAUGCAGCAAUCAAAGAGGUAAAAGAUGAUACAAAGUUAGUUAAAGAAAAAUUAGCAGCUGGCGCUGAUGCGGCAGUAGAAGCUGCGGAUAGCGCAAAGGAGAAAGUGACAAAAGAAACAAAGAAAGCUAAAGAAAAAACAACUGGUUUCUUCUCAGGUAUUUUUAAAGGUGCGAAACACGCCGUAGAAGAUGCGACAGAUGACGUUAAAGAAUUCUUGGAUGAGACGAAAAAAGAAGCUGAAAUAGAAGAGGAACGUGCCAAAGAAAAGGCUGCUGCAAGUCUGAAAGAUAAAAAAGACACUGCUGUUAGUGGAGUUCAAGAAACAUUGGACAAAGCUGCCGAUAAAGUAAAAGAAACAAAAGAUAAAACAAUUUCUGCAGUAAAAGACACAAAAGAUAAAGUUGUCGAGGAAGUUUCCAAAGAUGCGCAAAAAGUUGCCGACGCCUCGAAAGCAGCUGGUGAAAAAGUAGCAGAUAAAACGAAGAAAAUGGGAGAAAAAAUGGAGGAAAGUGCAACAGAAGUUGCACAAGCUGCUAAGGAUACUAAAGAUGCAGCGAUUAAAGAAGUAAAAGAUGAUACAAAAUUAGUGAAAGAAAAAUUAACAGCUGGUGCUUCAGAAAUUGCAGACAGUACAAAAGAUAAAGCAACGAAAGAAACGAAAAAAGCUAAAGAAAAAACUAGUGGUUUCUUUUCCGGCAUCUUCAAAGGUGGAAAACAUACUGCUGAAGCAUCUGAUGAUGUUAAAGAAUUUUUGGAUGAAACAAGAAAAGAAGCUUCUUUAGAAAAAGAACGUAUUAAGGAAGAAGUUGCAGCAAAUAUUAAAAAUUUAAAAGAUAAGAAGGAUACAGUCGUCACCGAAGUUCAACAAACUGCAGACACAGCCUUCUUUGAUAUAAAAGAAGCUAAGGAUAAAACUGUUUCUGUAAUAAAAGAUACAAAAGAUAAACUUGAAGAAGUUUCGAAAGAUGUUGAAAAAGUGACCGAUACAACAAAAGCAGUUGGUGAAAAAGUAACAACGGAAACAAAGAAGAUAGGCGAAAAGAUGGAAUAUGCCGCGGCAGAUGUUGCAAAAACUUCCAAGGAGACUAAAGAUACAGCUGUCAAGGAGAUAAAGGAAGAUACGAGAUUAGUAAAAGAAAAAUUGGCAGCAGGUGCUGAUGCUGCUGUAGUGACGGUAGAUAACACAAAGGAUAAAGCGACAAAACAGGUAAAGAAAACAAAGGAAAAGACAACUACUUUCUUCUCCGGUAUUUUUAAAGGUGCCAAGCACACUAUAGAAGGUACGGCUGACGAUGUUAAAGAAUUUAUGGAUGAGACGAAAAAGGAUGCUGCGUUUGAAGAGGAACGUGCUAAAGAAAAGGCUGCUGCAAGUCUGACAGAUUUGAAAGAUAAGAAAAACACUCUUGUUACAGAGGUUCAAAAAACUGUAGAUAAAGCUGUUAUUGAAACGAAAGAUGCAAAAGAGAAAGCAGUCUUUGCAGUAAAAGACAAGAAGGAUGAAAUUGUUGAAGAAAUUUCCAAAGGUACUCAGAAAAUUUCCGAUACCGCGAAAGCAACUGAUGAGAAAAUCACAACGGAAACAAAGAAAAUUGGUGAAAUAAUAGGAGAUACCGCGACGGAUGUUGCGCAUACUGCCAAGCACGCUAAAGAUGCAGCAGUUAAAGAAGUGAAAAAGGAUACGAAGAAAGUUAAAGAUAAAUUAAUAGUAGAUGUCAAUGUUGCUGCAGAAACCGCAGAAGGUGCGAAAGAUAAAGCAACAAAAGAAGCAAAAAAAGUUAAAGACAAAACUAGUGGUUUUCUGUCUGGUAUAUUUAAAGGUGCUAAACAUACUGUGGAAGAUACAACCGACGACGUCAAAGAAUUUUUGGAUGAAACGAAAAGAGAAGCAUCAUUAGAAAAAGAACGAAUUAAAGAAGAUGUUGCUGCAAAUAUUAAAAAUUUGCAGGACAAAAAAGAUGCCGUGAUUGCAGGAAUUCAAGAGACCACAGACAAAGCCAUCAUUGACACAAAAGACACGAAAGAUAAAACAGUAUCUACAAUGAAAGAUAAGAAAGAUAAAGUUGUCGAAGAAAUUUCCAAAGAUGCGCAGAAAGUUGCCGAUAUCACAAAAGCGGUUGGUGAGAAAGUAGUAGAUGAAACGAAGAAAAUCGAAGAAAAAAUAGAGGAAACUGCGACAGAAGUUGCACAAGCUGCCAAAGAUACUAAAGAUACAGCAAUCAAAGAGGUAAAAGAUGAUACAAAGUUAGUUAAAGAAAAAUUAACAGCUGGCGCUGAUGUGGCAGCAGAAGCUACCGACAGUGCAAAGGAAAAAGCGACAAAAGAAGCAAAAAAAGCUAAAGAAAAAACAACUGGUUUCUUCUCCGGUAUUUUUAAAGGUGCGAAACACGCCGUAGAAGAUACGACAGACGAUGUUAAAGAAUUCUUGGACGAGACGAAAAAAGAAGCUGAAAUGGAAGAAGAACGAGCUAAAGAAAAGACUGCUGCAAGUUUGAAAGAUCUGAAAGAUAAAAAAGACGCUGUUGUUAGUGAAGUUCAAGAAACAUUGGACAAAGCUGCCGAUAAAGUAAAAGAAACAAAAGAUAAAACAGUUUCUGCAGUAAAAGACACAAAAGAUAAAAUUGUCGAGGAAGUUUCCAAAGAUGCGCAGAAAGUUACCGACGUCACGAAAGCUGCUGGUGAAAAAGUAGCAGAUAAAACGAAGAAAAUCGGAGAAAAAAUGGAGGAAAGUGCAGCAGAAGUUGCACAAGCUGCUAAGGAUACUAAAGAUGCAGCAACUAAAGAGGUAAAAGAUAAUACAAAAUUAGUGAAAGAAAAAUUAGCAGCAGGCGUUGAUGUCGCAGCAGAUGCUACAGACAGUGCAAAGGAGAAAGCGUUAAAAGAAGCGAAAAAAGCUAAGGAAAAAACAGGUGGCUUCUUUUCUGGUAUAUUUAAAGGUGCUAAACAUGCUGUAGAAGAUGCUGCUGACGACGUCAAAGAAUUUAUGGAUGAGACGAAGAAGGAAGCUGUUUUGGAGGAAGAACGUACUAAAGAAAAAAUUGCUGCGGAGUUUAAAGAUUUAAAGGAUAAAAAGGACGUUAUCGCAACUGAAGUUCAAGAAUCUGUAGACAAAACUAUCACUCAUGUGAAAGAUACGAAAGAUAAAACAGUUGCUACUGUAACAGAUAAGAAAGAUAAAAUUACAGAGAAACUUUCCAAAGACGUACAAAAAGUUGGCGAUACUACAAAAACAGGUGAAAUAGUUCCAACAGAGACGAAAAAGUUUGGUGAAAAAAUAGAAGAAACUGCAGCAGAUAUCGUGCUAAAUGUGAAAGAUGCUAAAGAAGAAGCAGUCAAGGAAAUGAAAGAGGAUACAAAAUUUGUAAAAGAUAAAUUAGCAGAAGGUGCGGAAGUUGCGGGAAGUGCAAAAGAUAAAACAACAAAAGAAGCGAAGAAACUUAAAGAAAAAACUAGUGGGUUCUUUUCUGGUAUAUUUAAAGGUGCAAAACACACUGCGGAAGAUAUAUCUGAAGAUGCGAAGGAACAUAUAAGUGAUGCCAAAAAGGAAGCGACUAAAGAAUUGGAAGGGUUAGAACGUAAAAAAGAUGAUAUGAUACAUAGUGCAAGGGAUGCCGUGGACAAAACCAUUAAGAGUGUGGAAGAUGCCGAAGAUAGAACAGUUUCUAGCGCGAUAGAUACGAAAGACAAAUUGACAGACAUAGCUGCCAAAAACAUAGACAAAGCAACACAUGAUUUGAAAGCAGCUCGUGAUAACAUAGUCACAAAAACCAAAAAAGUAGUCGAUAAAGUAGAAACUUCCGUGGCAGAUGUUGGACAUGAUGUAAAAGAUAUUAAGGAUGCAGCUGUUACAGAAGCAAAAGAAGAUGCUAACGUUAUAAAGGAAAAAUUGGCUGCCAAAGCUGAAUCUAUAUCAGAUUCAGUAGAAAUCACUAAAGACAAGGCAACUAAAGAAACGAAGAAAGCCAAGGAAAAAGCAAGUGGCUUUUUUUCGGGAAUAUUUAAAGGAUCGAAACAUUCCAUGGACAGCGCAGUGGAUGAUGUAAAAGAAUUCCUCGAUGAAACGAAAAAGGAAGCAGCAUUAGAGCAAGCGCAUGUCAAGGAAGCGGCAGAAGCCGAACUAAAAAAUCUGGAGCAUAAAACAGACCGCAUGAUUUCCAAAACGAAAGAAGCGAAAGAUCAUGUUACUGAGGAAAUAGUUGACCAAGUGGAAAAGACUAUCGACGCCACUAAAGUGGCAGGCGAUAAAGUAGUUACAGAUGAAAAACAAAUUGUCGAUGAUAUCGCGCAAGGUGUUGCAGAUGUUAAAGAUAGCGUAGCGAAAGAAGUAAAGGAAGAUGCACAAGCAGCAAAAGAGAAAUUAAAAGCAGGUGGUGAUGCUGUAGCAGAAAGUGCUGCAACUACGAAAGAUAAAGUAAUUAAGGAAUCAAAGAAAGCUAAAGAAAAGGGUAGUGGUUUUCUUUCGGGAAUAUUCAAGAGCGCAAAGCAUUCUGUAGAAGAAGUAUCUGAUGAUGUAAAAGAAUUUGUAGACGAGACAAAGAAGGAAACCACUUUGAAACAAGAGCAAACCAAAGAAAAAAUCGUUGCAGGUGUCAAAGACUUGAAAGAUACAAAAGAAGCUCUUGUUACUAGUAUUCAAGAUGUCACUGAUAAAACCGUCAUUGACGCAAAAGCUGUUAAAGACAAAACUGUUUCUGCAGUAAAAGACAAAAAAGAUGAAGUUGUUGAGGAAGUUUCUAAAGAUGCGCGUAAAGUUGCUGACACCACGAAAGCAGUUGGUGAGAAAGUAGCAGAUGAAACGAAAAAAAUCGGAGAAAAAAUAGAGGAAACUGUCACAGAUAUUGCACAAGCUACCAAGGAUACUAAAGAUGCAGCUAUUAAAGAGGUAAAAGAAGAUGCAAAAUUAGUAAAAGAAAAAUUGAUUACAGGUGCUGAUGCUACCGUAGAAGCUGCGGAUAGUGCAAAAGACAAAAUGACGAAAGAAACAAAGAAAGCUAAAGAUAAAACAGGUCGUUUCUUUUCUGGCAUAUUUAAAGGCUCCAAACAUGCUGCAGAAGAUGCAACUGGUGAUGCUAAAGAAUUUCUAGAUGAGAAGAAAAGAGAAGCUUCAAUAGAAAAAGAACAUGCUAAAGAAGAGAAUAUUCGAAGACUUAAAGAUUUAAAAGAUGAGAAAGAUACGAUUUUUUCUGAUAUUCAAAAGUCUGCAGACAAAGUUGCCGAUGACGCGAAAGAGGCAAAAGAUAAAGUUAUUUCUGUAGCUAAAGAUAAAAAGGAUAAAAUUAUGGAAGAAAUUUCGACGGAUGUACAGAAGGUUGCCGAUGCGACAAAAAUAAGCGGUGAAAAUGUAGCAACAAAAACGAAAAAAGUUGGUGAGAAAAUAGAAGAAUCCGCAGCGGAUAUUAUGGAAGAUAUUAAAGAUACUAAAGAUACGGCAGUUAAGGAAUUAAAAGAAGAUACAAAAUUAGUGAAAGCAAAAUUGACAGCAGGUGCUGAUGCUGCUGUAGAAACUACGGACAGCGUAAAGGACAAAGCUACAAAAGAAGCGAAAAAGGCUAAGGAAAAAACAGGACGUUUCUUUUCUGGUAUAUUUAAAGGAGGAAAACAUGUCGCAGAAGAGGCAACUGACGAUAUUAAGGAAUUCUUGGAGGAAACGAAAAGAGAAGUUUCAUUAGAAAAACAACGUGCUAAGGAAGAAGUUGCUGCAGGUCUUAAAGAUUUAAAAGAUAAACAAGAUGCUGUUAUUACUGGAGUUCAAGAGGCUGCAGACAAGGCCAUCAUCGAUAUAAAGGAUGCAAAAGAUAAAACAGUUUCUGCACUAAAGGACCAAGAAGAUAAAGCUGUCGAGAAAGUUUCCAAAGAUGCGCAGAAAGUUGCCGACGCCAUGAAAUCAGCUAGUGAGAAAGUAGCAGAUGAAACGAAGAAAAUCGAAGAAAAAAUGGAGGAAACUGUGGCAGAAGUUGCACAAACUGCCAAGGAUACUAAAGAUACAGCAAUUAAAGAGGUAAAAGAUGAUGCAAAAUUAGUGAAAGAACAAUUAGCAGCAAAGAUUGAUGUAGCAGCGGAUGUUGCAGACAGUGCAAAGGAUAAAGCGUCAAAAGAAGCGAAAAAAGCUAAGGAAAAAACAGGCGGCUUCUUUUCUGGUUUAUUUAAAGGUGGUAAACAUGCCGUAGAAGAUGCUGCUGACGAUGUUAAAGAAUUUAUGGAUGAGACAAAGAGAGAUGCUCAAUUGGAAGAAGAACAUGCUAAGGAAAAAAUUGCAUCGGAACUUAGAGACUUAAAAGAUAAAAAAGAUGCAGCGGCAACAGAUGUAAAAGGUGUUGCUGAUAAAGCUACAGCUGACAUGAAACAUGCAAAAGAUACAGCAAUUUCUGAUGUUAAAGAUCAAAAGGAUAAAAUUGUCGAAGAAAUUUCCAUAGAUACGCAGAAAGUUGCUGAUACUACAAAAGCAGUUAGUGAGAAAGUAGCAGCGGAAACGAAGAAGAUCAGUGAAAAAAUAGGCGAAACUGCCGCAGAUGUUGGGCAUGCUACCAAGGAUAUUAAAGAUGCUACAAUUAAGGAAGUAAAGGAAGAUGCAAAAAAAAUUGAAGAUAAAUUAAUAGUAGAUGUUGAUGCGGCUGCAGAAGCUGUUGGUAGUGCAAAAGAUAAAACGUCGAAAGAAGUGAAGAAAGCUAAGGAAAAAACAGGUGGUUUCUUCUCUGGUAUCUUCAAAGGUGCGAAACAUGCUGUAGAAGACGCAGCAGACGAUGUCAAAGAAUUUCUAGAUGAAACAAAACAUGAGGCAGAAUUGGAAGAAGCUCGUAUUAAAGAAGCAUCAAUUGCUAAUUUGAAAGAAUUGAAACAUAAGAAGGAUGCUGUUGUCAGUGAUGUAAAAGACACGGCAGAUCGAACUGUCGCUGAAAUAAAAGAAGCUAAGGAUAAAACUGUUGCCACAGCAAAAGAUACGACAGAUACAGUCACUAAGAGAGUUUCGGAAGAUAUUCAGAAAGCUACUGAUGCAGGUAAAGCUGUUAAAGAUAAAGCAGCAUCAGAAGUAAAGAAAGCUGGUGAGAAAUUGGAUUCAACAGUACAAGACAUCGCACACGAGAUUUCGCAUUCGAAAGAUGCAGCCAUUAAAGAAGCUAGAGAUGAAACCAAAGUAAUGAAAGAGAAAAUGACAGCUGGAGUUGAAGCUGUGACUGAAAGUGCUGAGACCAUUAAAGAUAAAGCGGUUAAAGGAGCAAAGAAGACAAAGGAAAAAGGGUCCGGUUUUUUGUCAGGCAUAUUUAAAGGUGCCAAGCAUUCUGUUGAAAGCGCAGCAGAUGAUGUCAAAGAAUUUCUAGAUGAAACGAAACGCGAAGCAGAAUCGGAAGAAGCUCGUGCUAAGGAAGCAGCAGCGACUGGAUUGAAGGAACUAGAACAUAAAAAAGAUGCUGCCGUUAUUGGCAUAAAAGAUGCGACUGAUCAAGCUGUUGCUGGAAUAAAAGAUGUCAAGGAUAAGACUCUUAUUGCAGCGAAAGAUACAAAAGAAAAAGUUAUUGAAAAAGUCUCGGAAGAUAUUCAAAAGACUACAGAUGCGAGUAAAGCUGCUAAAGAUCAAGUGACAACAGAAGUAAAGAAAGUUGGUGAUAAAUUAGAUUCAACAGCACAGGACGUUGCACAAAAAGUUACAGAUACUAAAGAUGCGAUUGUCAAGGAAGUACAGGAGGAUACGAAAAAGGUGAAAGAGAAAUUAGUAACUGAAAUUGAACAAGCAGCAGAGGAUGCGAAACAUGCAAAGGAUAAAGCAAUUUCUGUUGUUAAAGAUCAAAAGGAUAAAAUUGCCGAGGAAGUUUCCAAAGAUGCGCAGAAAGUUACCGAUGGCACGAAAGCAACCGGCGAGAAAGUAGUAGCAGAAACGAAAAAAAUUGGUGAAAAAAUAGAAGAAACCGCAACAGACGUUGCACAAGCUGCCAAGGAUAUUAAAGAUGCAACGGUUAAAGAAGUGAAAAAAGAUACAAGGAAGAUAAAAGGAGAAUUGACAGCAAGCGUUGACUCUGCCGCGGAAGUUGUAGACAGUGCAAAAGAUAAAGCGAAGAAAACGAAGGAAAAAACAAGUGGCUUUUUUUCCGGGAUAUUUAAAGGUGCAAAACAUGCUGUAGAAGAUACAUCUGACGACGUCAAGGAAUUCUUGGAUGAAACGAAAAGAGAAGCUUCUAUAGAAAAAGAACGUGCUGAGAAAGAAAUGGCCGCUGAUCUCAAAACUUUAAAAGACAAAAAAGAUUCUACGAUCUCCGGAGUUCAUGGGGUAAUAGGUAAAACUGUUGCUGAUGUGAAAGAUGCGAAGCAUAAAACAGUUUCUACCAUAAAAGAUAAAAAAGACAAAGUUACUGAUGACAUUUCCAAAGAUGUUUAUAAAAUUACUGAUACCACAAAAGCAGUUGGUGAGAAAGUCAUAACAGAAACGAAAAAAAUUGGUAGAGAAAUAGAAACAACCGCGAAAGAUGUUGCACAAGGUAUUAUAGAUACUAAGGAUACAGUGGCUGUAGAAGUGAAAGAUGAUGCAAAAUUGGUGAAAGAAAAAGUGUCAUCUGAUAUAAGCACUGUAGCUGAUGGUAGCCAGAGUGCUAAAGAUAAAGCGACUAAAGAUAUGAAGAAAGUUAAAGAAAAAGGUUCCGGUUUUCUAUCGGGAAUAUUUAAAGGUGCCAAGCAUUCUGUUGAAAGCGCAGCAGACGAUGUCAAAGAAUUUCUAGAUGAAACAAAACGAGAAGCAGAACUGGAAGAAACUCAUGCUAAGGAAGCAGCAGCGGCUGGAUUGAAAGAAUUAGAACAUAAAAAGGAUGCUAUCGUUACUGGUGUAAAAGAUACAACUGAUCAAGCUAUUGCUGGAAUAAAAGGUACUAAGGAUAAGACUAUGACUGCAGCGAAAGAAACAAAAGAAAAAGUUGUUGAAAAAGUCUCGGAAGAUAUUCAGAAGGUUACAGAUGCAGGUAAAGCUGCUAAAGACAAAGUGACAGCAGAAGUAAAGAAAGUUGGUGAUAAAUUUGAUUCAACAGCACAGGAUGUUGCACAAAAAGUUGCAGAUACCAAAGGUGCAGUUGUUAAGGAAGUACAGGAUGAUACAAAAAAGGUGAAAGAGAAAUUGGCAGGAGAAGUCGAAACUGUAGCCCAUGGUGCUGAAGCAGCUAAGGAUAAGGCAACUAAAGAAGCGAAAAAAGCUAAAGAAAAGGGAUCCGGUUUUCUCUCGGGAAUAGUUAAAGGUGCGAAACAUGCUGUUGGAAGCGCAAGGGAUGAUGUUAAAGAAUUUCUGGAUGAAACAAAGUACGAGGCGAAAUUAGAAGAAGCUCGUGCUAAAGAAAUUGCAACAGUUGGUGUGAAGAAACUGGAGCAUAAGAAAGAUGUUAUUGAUAGCGCAAAGGAUGUUACAAAAGAAAUAGUAACUGAUGUUAAGGACGCUAAAGAUAAAAUUUCUGACUCAAUGAGUCAAGUAGCGGACACCACGAAGAUUGCAAUUGAUAAGCUUGCAACUGAAACAAAGAAAGUUGAUGACAAAAUAGAAUCUAAAACCACGGAUAUUGCACAUGAUAUAGGGUAUGCCAGAGAAAGUCUCGAUAAAGAGAUAAAAGAGGAUACAAAGGCGGUGAAGGAUAAAUUAUUAACAAGUGCCGAUACUGUCGCUGAUGGCGCCAAAGCAGCCAAAGACGAACUUGCGAAAGAUGCUAAAAAGGCGAAGGACACGGGUUCAGAUUUCCUAUCUGGAGUUAUUCAGAGUGCAAAGCAAACAGGAAAGGAAAUUUCCGAUGACGUGAAGGACUUUCUGGAAGUAACCAGGCAAGAAGCAGCUGCUGAUAAAGCACUCGCUAGAGAAGCCGCGGCGGCAAGAUCAAAAGACCUGGAAAAAGCAAAGGAUAAAGCCGUUGGUGAAAUUAAAACCUCUACGAGUAAAGUUGUGAAAGGCACGAAAGACGCUAAGGAAAAGAGUCUUUCCAGUAUAAAAGGUGCGAAGGACAAAACGAUCUCUACUGUGAAAGCGGCGGGAAGUAAGAUAGGACAUAGUGUGACGCAAGCCGGGGAAAAAGUUAAAUCUACUGAGAGAGUGACUCAAGAUGUGACACAGAAAACUAAACGCGCCAAAGAUGCUAUUGUAAGUGAAGCAAAGGAAGAUACACGAAUAGUCAAAGGAAAAUUGACGACUGGUACAGGUGCAGUCGCUAGUACGGCAGAAACUGUUAAGGACAAAACCGCGAAAGAUACUAAAAAAAUCAAACAAAAAUCAGGCAACUUUUUAUCAGGCGUGGUUAAGAGCGCCAAACACGCAGUAGAAGAUGCAACGGAUGAUAUGAAGGACUUCCUGGAAGAGACCAAGCAAGAAGCAUCCGCGGAAGAAGCUCGUACUAAGAGCGAUCUCGCUCAAGCGAAAGAUAAAUCCGCCAAAUUAACAACUGAUGUAAAGGACAAAUCUGUCAGUGCCAUUAAAACUACGAGAAAGAGUCCCCCGAAGUCACAAUUAUCAGUGGACGUGAAAGGCACGGGCAAAACUUCGCCUAUCACUAAGAGAACGGGCAAAGUGACUGAAACGUCAGCGACAAAAAGAAACGGUGAUAGAAUAGGAUCGAAACGCACAGGCGAGAUUGUUCAGGAGGUAGUUCGUAGAUCCGAUAUAGCUGGCAGGUCAGAGACGUCCGGUGGCGUCGAGCAUUUAACCGAGACAGUUAGCGUUAAGAAAGUAUCUCGCAUUCCACAAAAGAAAAGUUCGGGUAAGGAGACAGGCUCAGACGAUUCGAGUAAUUCGCGUAGAGUAGUAGAGACAGUAACCACGGUAGGGCACCCCGAGCCUCGCACACGGCACUCCGUCACCACAAUCGUGACAAAGUCUGUGCGAACGACCCCACCGCCACCCAGUUCACUCGCCGAGUUCACUGACAGUAGAACCGAAGACGUGACCAAAGAGGCUGCACGACGGGCACAAAACCUGGCGGACCAGGCGUACACCUCGACGAAAACAGGGCAUGAUUCGGCUGAGAUUGAUGGGACUGUAGAGAGGCAUGCUACUUCUGCUCCAUCAAAACAACCUGUUCCCGCCCCGCGUCUCUCCACCACCAAGCCGUCUACCAAACCCGAGUUCCAUCUGGAGCUUAGUGAUGUCUCACGAACACAUAAAACGAUUGAGCAGCCUUCCAAGCCAACGCAGGAGAUGCAGUCACCGAGCAAGAGCAGUCCAAAGAGCAAGAUAUCUUUUAAAAUAGACUCUUACGCGCCUAAAUCGAGCGACGAUCCCGAAUCCGUCCCAUUAAAGUUCUCGGAAGAUCACAUCAUCGGUCCACAGGCGGUUUCGCGAACCAUCAAAUACGUUACUGAAGAUACAGAUGGGGAGUUGAUCAAAGAGACGAUAGAAGUGAAAAAGAAAGUAUCGAGUGAUGCUAUCCAGACAGUCAUCAAAACGGACGAUCUGACUGAGACUAUGAUAAGUGAUAAAACGGAAAUAAUUCCAUCCGUAGAACAAAUACGAACAACUACAGUGACCAACAAUUCGUCGAUCGAUCCUACGAAAUUGAAGGAACUAAUGGAGACUGGUGGUAUUGUAGAGAUGGUGAGGACUGUGACUUUGACGUCAGAGGACAGUACUUUGCAACCUGUAACACAUGAGGAGGUUGUCAAGAGGAUAAACCAAGUCGCUAAUACGCUACCCAACGAGAUCUUCGAUUUCGGCGACUCCUCUACCACUACGAUUAGGACCGAUAGAUCGGAGUCUGACGGUGUCGUGCAGAUGGUGCAACGCGUGACGUCGGAGAUCGAGAAGACCGAAAGGAUGGUGAGAACAAUGACUUCUAGCAGUGAUGGCGGCGGCUACGGGGACGCGGAGUCCGCCCUAAGAAGCCUUCAGGAACAAUUAACGAGAUCCGAAAUCGGAGAGACCGCCUCUUGGACAGCGGCGAAUGAACAGUGGGAGGUGCAGUAUUCCCAAGACACAUCACCUGGUUCUGGAAAUGGUGGUGUUGAAACGUUUGCCAGCAACAACAACAACAAUAACAACAACAAGAACGAUGGUAGUUCAAGGCAUGAUAUGCACAGCGACACCGAUAGUGACGGUUCGCCGCAACCUAGAAGAAGAUCCCCGAGCAAGAGGCGUACGUUGGGCAGUUCCAGCGGAUCGGAUGUAGCACUGCACGAAGGUGCGGAGCUGUCCCCGUUGGAGGACGACCAAGAAUCUGACUUUUUGCAACAUAGCGAGCCAUCCUUCAUGGAAACGACAACGAUCGAGGUGGAUCCUGUCACUCAGGAAAGUAUAACGACAGCCACGCGAACGGAAACGAGGACGAUAUCAUCCACGGGAACUGGUGGGACGGACGAUUUGCGAGAAUCGAUGCAGAAGAUCAUGGACACGUUCAUGUCGGAAGAGAGGAAGGAUCAUUAGGAGUAACGUGCAUAUUUCCAUCCUUUGAAUUUGCAAUAAGAAGAGAAGAAGAAAUCAUCGUCGAGUUCUCGACAUCGAUCCCCUCGUCGAUUAUUGGAUCCUUUACCUUUGGAGAGAAAUACUUUAAUAGCCUUCGGACUUGACGUGUCCUUGGGCAUUGAACGAAGAAUUUACGAUCAUGAUAGGACUGGGAGCGUAUGAAGAUGCUCGCUCCUUCGGGGUGCUAUUUCCCUGAAACCACACAAAAGCAUACACAAUGAUUUACUAUCACGCUCAUGGCCUAUGCUUCGAGUUUGCUUGCCUUUCCGUUCCGCUCGGUUGCCUUAUCUCUUUGCGUUCGUCGGAAUCUCGCAAUCGAAGAUGAAUAAUGAUGACGAUGAUGAUGAUGAUAAUGUAUUUGCGUAUGUCGUUGCUAGUCCGACUAGCCGAUUCGCGCUAGUCUUCACUAUGCCAACCCGUCCAUGUAUGUGCUUUUUCGUGUUGUUUGAAGAUAUAAUGCGAAAUGGAAGGGAAAGUAUCAAGUGUGGAGACGAUGGGACAUGUCGAGAAGAAACGCGAAAAAAGCGGGAACGCAA